CCCGGGGAAUUGCUUUAGAUCAGUGCCCCUUUAAUUAUCUAAAUAUCGGCCAAUCAGAGGACUUAGUUCCGUUUCUAUUGUAAUAAAUUGUCCUUUUUGCGCAAAAAAUAUAUCUAAAUAUCUUUGAACGAAAUCGAACAUAUACAUAUCGACCAGUCAGAUGCCUCGGUAACAUUGCCAUGGUAAUAACAUCUAUUCGUUUGAGUCUUGAAAUACAUUGUGGCUAAAUACCAAUUUUGAACGGAAUCUCUAAAUAUCGACCAAUGAGCUCUGCAGAUGCCGUUUUCCGUUGCCGUGGAAGCAAGGUAGUAACGUAAAUAUUGUAGAGUGUCCCUAGAUACACCUUUGCAACACAAUUGAACAAAAUCAGCUGAAUGACAUGUUAGUAAUGACCACUUAAAGAAAACCUGUAAUUAACGAUCAGGCUGUUGUCGUUGAGAGGUUGUUGGAAUACGAAGGUGCAGUGCACAAACAUAAGUUCCCUGGCUCUACUAUAUGUAGUUUCAGAGAAAACACGCAAAGUUGAAGGAAGAAAAUAUUACGAAUUACUAUGAAACACCUAGACAAAGCAAUGAAAAAUGUUAAAAUAGCAAAAAGGUACCCUAUAUUUCCAAUAAAUAUGUACGAUAUGAACACUUAAUGUAAAAACAAAAUAAGAUUUACAUUAAGGGCUACGGGUUGUUGCUGUCAAUGUAAAAACAAUAUUACAUUAAGAGUUAACAGUUCAAAAUGAGCAGUUUGUUGGCAGUGGUGACAAAAAUAAAUCAAUUGUCAACUAUUGUGCUUACACGUGGAAUUGACACCAAGGCUCAAUCUCACAACUAAUUUGACACAUUUGGAUGCAACAACCUGGCUCGAUAUUCAAAGCCAUAGAGCAACCAGUCUCGAUUAUCCGCCGAAACAGAUUCCAUUGGACGUAAAAUGCAAAAUAUCGGUGACAAUUAUAAGAAUGGAUCACUGCAAAUAUGGGAAAGGGGUCAGCAUGUCCUGCCCUACCGGUAGCUUCGCCGCUCACACAAUUUUCAUUAAAAAAUAUUGCUUAUAUAUUGCAACAAAUUAAUACCCCUUUCAUACGGCGACCGCCUGUACACAAACCAGACAACCAAGGGAUGGAACAGAAAUUCCAGUGACACGCUUAAAUGAUAGGCAUGUUGCCAACCGCCGCAAACAUGCAAUAUGCAUCACGACAGUCUAAUCGAAUCAGGACCAGCAAACUAAAGCUGAGCAGUGACCCUUGCCAUCAGGUAUGACCAUCGCCGUCAGGGUAUGACCAUCGCCGUCAGGGUAUGACCAUCGCCAUCAGGGUAUGACCAUCGCCAUCAGGGUAUGGCCAUCGCCGUCGGGGUAUGACCAUCGCCGUCAGGGUAUGACCAUCGCCAUCAUGGUAUGACCAUCGCCGUCAGGGUAUGACCAUCGUCAUCAGGGUAUGACCAUCGCCGUCAGGGUAUGACCAUCGCCGUCAGGGUAUGACCAUCGCCAUCAGGGUAUGACCAUCGCCAUCAGGGUAUGACCAUCGCCAUCGCCAUCAUGGUAUGACCAUCGCCAUCAGGGUAUGACCAUCCCCGUCAGGGUAUGACCAUCGCCGUCAGGGUAUGACCAUCGCCAUCAGGGUAUGACCAUCGCCGUCAGGGUAUGACCAUCGCCGUCAGGGUAUGACCAUCGCCAUCAGGGUAUGACCAUCGCCAUCAGGGUAUGGCCAUCGCCGUCGGGGUAUGACCAUCGCCGUCAGGGUAUGACCAUCGCCAUCAUGGUAUGACCAUCGCCGUCAGGGUAUGACCAUCGUCAUCAGGGUAUGACCAUCGCCGUCAGGGUAUGACCAUCGCCGUCAGGGUAUGACCAUCGCCAUCAGGGUAUGACCAUCGCCAUCAGGGUAUGACCAUCGCCAUCGCCAUCAUGGUAUGACCAUCGCCAUCAGGGUAUGACCAUCCCCGUCAGGGUAUGACCAUCGCCGUCAGGGUAUGACCAUCGCCAUCAGGGUACGAGGACACAGUAACGGACAGGACAGACAUUGUAAUCAUCCAACCUGACCAUCUCCUACAUUCAGUCGCAUCGAAAGACAAGAAUAGGUUUAUGUGGAUUAUCAUUCACGUCGUAUAUUUAACUUACAGUAAACUACGCUUAUAACGAAUACGCUUAUAACGAACUGACGGAUAUAACGAACUAUUUCUUGGUCCAGCCCAUUUGCUGUAUAUAUGCUGUUUGUAUGCUUAUAACGAACAGCGUAUAUAACGAAUUAAAAUUAGUGGUCCCUUGGGGUUCGUUAUAACCGAAUUUUACUGUUUAACUCUUGACUUCUGUCAUAUAUUUGUAAAUCAAUGUUUGUCCUGAAAAAAUAUGACGUUUCUCACUUAAGAAGCAACUCUUCCUCAGAUAUCUUGCUGGCACAAAUGGAACGGAGCACGUCACAUCCUGUUGUUUUCGUGUUGUUGACAAGCAUCAUAUUCAGUGAAAUCAAAGACUCAACACAAAGCGUCACCCAGCCGUGUGAGAGAAACAAAAGAGCAAUAUCACUGUGCGAAAGCAGCUCUGAUAAUCGGGACUCCGGUUAUCUCACAUACAACAUGUCCGCCUCCCCUGUGCUGUGCAACUGUAGCCUAGCAACAGGCCAAGAGGUUACGCUGAAUGUGCAGUAUGCAGAGACGGUACACAACGCAACAUAUGACUUCGUCUUCGACUUGGCAAGGGGUGACGGUGGCAGUAUAAGAGGCAAGGAGGGGCACUGGGAGGAUAGAAUAUCUAAACGGAUACCCUGGACCUUGUACCUGUCGAAGGCAAAUCUGAAAGUAGAACUCCCUACAAUUCAAGGAUUAUGUUUUUCCUAUGAAGUUCGCAAUGGAAGUACAACGAUCUCCAUUAUAUGCCAGACCUCUAACAUGGAACUUGACACGAGCACAACACUGAUCAUUGUUUUCCUGUGUGUUCUGACUGGUGCCCUCGCUGUCACGAUAGUCACUGUGGUGUUCUUUAACAGACGACAGAGGCGGAUGAGAAGUGGAGGCAGAUUCAGCACCCGUACCCAGGAUGAGAUUCUCACAGCCCUACAAAAGGCAUCCAGUUGGCGAGAGGACAAGGGGCUUGUAGCGGCGGAGGAGGGGCUGGAGAGGAUGUCCAGUGGAUGCGACCCUGCACUCCCAGACCACACGGGUCAAGGAGCGAGUGAGGUCAUCCAUGACGGAGGGACGGCCAACAAGAGCUCAGAUGGUGGAUAUUCUUACGCUGGGCCGACAAGUGAACCGGGGACCCUUGGGGAUUCCGGGGGACCUGAUGGUGAUGCACAGACUGGUCCAUCUGCUGAAGGUGAUGGAGUAGGAAAAUCGGAUGACGACAGAGAUGAAAUCGAAAUGGUCGAUAAUAUUCUCUAUGAAACAAGCUGUAUUGGUGGAAAAUAGGAUUUUGCUAAGCACUACGAACAUGCACAGAGGGAAGUACCCAUACCGAUUUAAUAGUGUCCAGGGUAAAACGUACAAAUUAUAAAAAAAUGUCAAAUAUGUCAAUAAUUGCCUGAAGAUAUAACUUGCCUUGUGGCUCUCAAAUGUGUUGUGGUUUUCCUACAUGCAUAAAAAGUGGUUUUGUAACUUGAACGGACAUUAUUUGUUUAUUUUUCAAUAAAAUAGAAUUGUUAUUUCUUAAAUGAAA